AUGGGUUACAAAUUGGCAGGAUUUGACCAUCUGGGAGGCGUCGAAAUAGACCCGAAAAUUGCUAAACUUUACAUUAAAAAUCACAACCCAAAAUAUUUUUAUCCGGAGGACGUUCGGGACUUCAAUAAACGUAAUGACCUCCCUACAGAACUUUAUGAUUUGGAUAUAUUAGACGGUUCACCGCCUUGUACGACUUUCUCUAUGACUGGCAAAAGAGAGCAGACGUGGGGUGUAAAAAAGCUGUUUCGGGAGGGACAAAAGAAGCAAACAUUAGAUGACUUAGUACUUGUAUAUUGCGACACUAUAGGCAAAUUACGACCUAAGGUGGCCGUAUUGGAAAAUGUACCGGGAAUUAUUGCCGGGAGGGCAAAAAAGUAUGCAAUCGAGGUACACGAGCGGUUAAACAGCAUCGGGUAUGAUGUACAGUUAUUCCAACUCAAUAGUGCCACUAUGGGCGUACCACAGGCUCGUGAACGCAUCUUUUUUAUUGCCCGGCGCAAAGAUUUGAAGUUGCCUAAACUAAAGUUUGAGUUCAAUGAACCGCCCAUUCCUUUUGGCCACAUAGCCGAUAAAGGGUGCAAGCUGGGCAAUCCGAAGCCACUUAUACCCUCCUUGUCUGAUCGUUGGAGCUACUUGACCUACGCAGACCCGUCCUUUAGAUAUGCUGAUGCGAAGUACAGAAACAAAAAGGAGGCAAACUCUUUUUUUAGCUCCAAACUGCAUUACGACGAUAAAGUAGCUAAUACUCUUGUCUGCUCCGGAGACUUUGUAUAUUAUCACGAAAAAAGAAACCUUACGGACGUUGAAUAUAGACGUAUGAGUAGCUUUCCAAGUGAUUACGACUUUUGCACCGCAAAUGUGCGAUAUGUAUGCGGUAUGAGUGUGCCACCUCUCAUGAUUGCCCGUGUCGCCAACAGCAUCAGGGAGCAAUGUUUUUAA